ACUAAAACUUAAAAAUACAAAAAAAAAAAAAUGGACUUUUUAUUUUUAUUUUUUGAAGCAAUCUUAGAGCACAACGCACCACAGCGAAACUUGACGGAAACCCAACACUAGUGAAGCUGGUCCUUCCCCUUGAUGGCGUUAGCUUAGCUGCCAAACGCAAAUAUAUCUGAGUUCUUCCACAUGUGACAUGCUUUCUUUGCUACUCUUGACUUCGAGCCUCCAAACAUUUAGCAGCAGAAAUGGCCAGACAAUAUAAUUCUGUCAAUCCGACAUAAAUCUAUGAUUUUUAAAAUUUCAAAGGUUUAUUACUUUAUACUUGAUUAUGCUUAUUUCCCCAGAUAACUCGUUCUUUCACUUUUCAUUUUUCUUUUUGUUUUCUGGGUGACGGAUAAAUUUCUCCUGCGUUCUGUGUUUUGGAUAAUAUACCCAAGUGAAGCUCUUCUUUAAUUUCUCGCCUGAAAGAAAAAAACAAAAUGAAGCUAAUCUAUCCGUGUGCUUCAGAUUAUAAAUUCUUUCAGGGGUGAUCUUGAUGUGGUUUUUGUCUGCUUUGAUCCAGACAGUGACUUUUCCAUUUGGGUUCCCUCAGUUUCAGUUUCAGCUUCUCUUGCUUUUCUUUUCUUUUUUUAGAAAUACACCAUAGAUCUAUCUUACCUCCUGCUCCAGAUUUUUGUCAAGUUUCCGUUUUUAGUGAGUUUUUAUACUGCUAUCUUUCUUAUUUGAUAUUCUAUCUCAUUUUGGCGGGGUUUGUCAUUUGGGGUUCAGAUUUCAUUGUUUAGUUAGAGUGAUGGCCGUAGCUCGGUUUGGCCGCCAAGUAAAACGCCCAGGUGGGUUCUGUAUAAAAAUGACUGCGGUGGCCAUCGUAGGCCUCUGCUUUAUAUUCGUCUGGUCUAUGUUUUCUUCUUCUUCCUCCUCUGUGACUACUAGAAUAGAAAGCUUUGACAACAUAGGCUCGCCUCCUGGAUCAAGGAACACAUGGGUAAACAUUCCUGCUACACAAUCUUCUAUUAAGGGUGAGGAUGAGAAAAAGUUCAAUGGGUCUGUGACUUUGUCUGCCCAUGAGCAUAAAUCUGAGAAGGACCAGAAAGAAGUAGCAAAUGUGAAAAAAGGGAAAGGUAAGAAAAAGUUACCAGAGAAGGUGACGAAGCUAAAACAUGGCUCUGAGGAAUCUGAGAGUGAAGAUUCAGAAAAGGAAAAAGAAGAUGAAGAUGAAGAACGAGAAGUAGUGGAUGGAAAGGAAGAAGCUUUGAAUGAUGAAGGUGAAGUAAAUGGGGAGGAAACAGGAGGGGAAGGUGCUUUCAUUGUGUCACUGGAUCAGGAAUCUGAGGAGAAGCUGGAAGAUGACGGUGGUGAAUCGGAAGAAAGGGGGAAGAAGAGAUAUAAGAUUAAGGGUCCAUUGUUUGAUCCCAAAGCACAUUAUCAUUGGAAAUUAUGUAGCACAAGGAGCAAGCAUAAUUACAUUCCCUGUAUUGACAUGGAAAUUACCACUGGAAGGCUGCAAUAUAGGCAUACAGAGAGGAGUUGCCCGAGAACAGAACCAAUGUGUCUCGUACCUCUUCCUCGUGAUGGUUAUGGUAGCCCAGUCCCCUGGCCUGAUAGCAAAGUAAAGAUAUUGUAUAAGAAUGUGCAACAUCCAAAACUUGCUGCAUUCAUCAAGGAGCAUAGUUGGGUGAUGGAGUCUGGAGAAUAUCUUACUUUUCCUCAAAACCAGUCUGAAUUAAGGGGUGGAAUUCUUCACUAUCUUGAGUCCAUUGAAGAGAUGGUACCAGACAUCGAAUGGGGAAAGAAUAUCCGUGUAGUGCUGGAUAUUGGUUGUACAGAUUCUGCCUUUGGGGCUUCUCUCCUUGAUAAGGAUGUCUUAGCAUUGGCAUUGGGCUUGAAAGAUGACCUAGUUGACCUAGCUCAAGUUGCCAUUGAGCGUGGUUUUCCUGCUUUAGUUAGCCCUUUUGGAAAUAGAAGGCUACCUUUUCCUAGUGGUGUUUUUGAUGCUAUUCACUGUGGAGGGUGCACCAUACCUUGGCAUUCAAAUGGGGGUAAGCAUCUUCUAGAAAUGAAUAGGAUUUUAAGGCCUGGUGGAUACUUUGUCUUGUCAACUAAACAUGACAGCUUUGAGGAUGAAGAAGUCAUGAGUAAAUUGGCGGCAUCUAUCUGUUGGAAUAUUUUGGCACAUAAAACUGACGAAGUCAGUGAUGUGGGUGUCAAAAUAUACCAGAAACCGGACUCAAAUGAUAUAUAUGAGUUGAGGAGGAAGAAAUAUCCACCUUUAUGCAAGGAAAAUGACAACCCAGAUGCAGCGUGGUAUGUUCCUGUGAAGACUUGCUUGCAUGCCAUUCCAUCUGCUAUUGAACAGCAUGGGACAGAGUGGCCAGAGGAAUGGCCCAAGAGGCUCGAAAGGUAUCCCGACUGGUUGAGUGAUAAAGAUAAGUUGGUUGCAGACACCAAGCACUGGAAAGCCAUUGUUGAAAAAUCCUAUCUCACUGGACUGGGUAUUGACUGGUCAAAUAUUCGAAAUGUGAUGGACAUGAAAGCCAUCUAUGGAGGAUUUGCUGCAGCCCUCUCGCAACAAAAGGUGUGGGUGAUGAAUGUGGUCCCUGUCCAUACACCUGAUACACUUCCUUUCAUAUUUGAACGUGGGCUUGUUGGCACCUACCAUGACUGGUGUGAGUCUUUUGGUACUUAUCCCCGAUCAUACGACCUUUUGCAUGUCGAUCAUCUGUUUUCACGGCUUAAGAACCGGUGUAAGCAGCCGGUAUCGAUUGUUGUUGAGAUGGAUCGCUUGUUACGGUCUGGAGGCUGGACAAUUAUACGUGAGAAAGUUGAGAUACUGGAACCCUUGGAGGGCAUAUUGAAGAGUUUGCAUUGGGAGAUCCGGAUGACUUAUGCUCAGGGAAAGGAGGGCAUAUUAUGCGCACAGAAAACUAUGUGGCGGCCUUAAACUCAUACUGCAGAGCCUAAAGUCAUAACACUAUGAAAGCUGGCGGCAAAGCCAUGCUUACUGCGGGAUGCUUCAUUUUUCGAGCGAAAUAUACAACCUGCAACUGGUGGUUAUUGUGAACACAGACACUAAUUUUGAUACAAUGAUACACACCACUUGUU